AUGUCCACAUGGAAAGCAAGGCUCACCAAAAGACUGAAAUCUCCAUCUAGAAGGAUGCAUCCUUUUCCAUGCUCAGCUCUGCUUGCUUGUUUUGGGAAUACAAGGGAGAAUGCGCCCUUUGAUCAGCCCAGCGCAGCUGAUACUCAUUCCACCAUCUAUGUUCAGCCCAUGGCCAAAGCAGGGAGGCACUCAAGUCACUCGAAAGGGGAAGAAGGAACUUCAGAGAAAAGGCGAGAUUCUGACAACCGCUUAGAGAAAAAUGGCAGUGCAAAUCUGAAUUCAAGUAACCACACUGCCAACGAGCCUGCUGAGACCCCUGAGGAUUCAUCUGGGUCACUAGAAGGUAAAUCGGACUGUGAAGCAGUUACUUUCCAGACUUCUAUCCCCAGACCAUCAAUUAUUGAAAUGCCAAUGGAAGAAGAGGAAUCCCAGGAAGAACCUAAAUGCCUCGAGUUGGGACAGAAGAUGGCAUCAGACGGCCCAUCUGAGGGUACUGACCUUAAGGACGCCUAUCUCAUCCCAAGAAACAUCAUGGCUGAGCCAGACUACAUAGAAGAUGACAAUCCUGAACUAAUUAGGCCUCAGAAACUAGUCAAUCCUGUAAAAACGUCCCGCAACCAUCAGGAUCUUCACAGAGAACUUCUCAUGAAUCAAAAAAGGGGUCUUGCCCCUCAGAACAAGCCAGAAUUGCAAAAAGUGAUGGAAAAGAGAAAACGAGAUCAAGUAAUAAAGCAGAAAGAAGAAGAAGCACAAAAGAAGAAAUCUGACUUGGAAAUAGAACUAUUAAAACGGCAGCAGAAGCUGGAGCAGCUUGAACUUGAGAAACAGAAAUUGCAAGAAGAACAAGAAAAUGCCCCAGAGUUUGUGAAGGUUAAAGGCAAUCUCAGGAGAACAGGCCAAGAAGUGGCCCAAGCGCAGGAGUCGUAGGCCCUGGCGACAGAGACCGCGCGCCCAGCCCACCACGCGGGGAAGCUGCGAGCAGGCGCCUCCUCAACCAAUGCUUGAUCUCAGGGCCAAAGCCCCUGGAGAGAACCCCAGCCAGCAGAGAAUUGUUACUUUAAAAAGGAUUUGGUUUUGGUUUUCCUACAAUCCGGGUGGAUAAAUGAUCUGUGACAGUUGCAAUUCCUAUUCGCCAAACGAAGGAUGUUGACCAGCACUUAAGUUGGCAUAAGUGAACCUGUGUUCAAAGACUUUAAAAAAAAAAAAAAAAAAAAAACCCACAACAGCAAAAAAGAAAGAGGACACUGGAAUAAAUUCUAGAGAGUUGCACUACUUGGUUUUCCUUCCAGGCCAAGUUUAAUGGGGCACAGAGCCUUUUUUCUUCUAAAAUCUAAAGAAAAUGUGUUUUGUUUCUUCCUUUAGUUAUCUAUUAGAUAAUUUAGAUCACAUAGGACGUUGUUUGACCUGUUAACAUCCAGCAUUUGUAAAAUCCUUUUUGAGAAUCUAGAAUUUUCUUGUUCCAUUUUACUUUCACCUGUGUUAUAUUGACACCCAAGAGCGUUAAUGUUGAACACAGCUGUUACCUUUUUUGACAUUAAGAUUCAGAAAUAGGGUGAGAAGGUUUAAAAAUAUGGGAAAAAAAUACAUGUAAAAGAUAAAGAAAAACACGUAAGUGUUCAUCUUGAUCUUAUUUUAGUUCCUUUUGGUUCUCUGAUAUUAGAAUGUGCUAUGGUGACAUUCCAGUUCGGAGAAGGCACAUCAUACAAAUCCACCUAUUGCUUUGAUAACUGUUAGAAUUUUGUUUUGUUUGGUUUUUGAAUUUCUUGCUGAGCUAAUCCUUUUAUAUGAAACAGUCUCCCAGUCCUUCGGAGAAGAAAAACUAGUCCAUAUUACCCAACUUCAGUGUCGAAAGUAGAGGGUGCAAAUCUUUGAGAGCAGUCUGGGGAAUGUUCCCAAACUCCUCCAAAGAACAAGGAGGAGUUCUUUGGGUAUUUUAAUGUGAAACAAACAUAGGUUGGUCUCCAGGAGGCCUAGCUGGAAGGUUGGUAGUAUUUGUACAUUUUGAGAGAAUCCAAGUUUUGGAAAAUUUCAGAUGAAGGAUCACAUACUGCUUCGUUUCUUUUCUUGUGAAGAAAGAUUGUUCCCCCGCUCUGUUGGAGGUGAUGACUACUGUACAGCAUCUCAGGAAGCACCGAGGUGAAGGGAGAGACUGCCCCGCUUCCGCACGCUAGCCAGCUUGCUCCCCAAAGUGAAGUCCUAGUCGAACAGCAAAAUCCUGAUGCAAAAUGCAUUUGAUUACUGCUGGUACGGGCAGGGGUAUAUUCUACUUAGGGUGAUCUGGAAGAAUUUAUGUGGAUUCAGUAUGUUCUCCAUCAAGAUGAUUCAGCCAGUCAUUUCUACAGUGAAGAGUCUUCUUAAACUUCCUUUACAGGCUCAUAGAAAACUGGAUCCCAGGCUGUUAAUCCUAAUAAGCAUAGUAGAAAUUAGCUUUCUAUGGGAAUGCUUUAUGUUUUCAUAGUUGACAGGCUCAUAUUCAAUCCUCAUGUGAACAACAUAAAGGUAAACACAAUGACAAUAUACUGCUAGUCAGAGGACCAUGUCGGUUACACCUAAAAUGGGUGAUUUCUCAUCAGUAAGUAUUAAUGAAUAAAAUAUGAGAUGCUUAAGAUAAAAUGUUGCUCUAUAAUAGUUUGCUUUUGAAGGAUGGAGUGGUAGCUGUUUUUUUCCCAUCCUAGCUUUUGAGAGAAGAAAGUAUGUUAAAUGAUCAUCUUGAAAGUACCUUUCUGAUCACACAUUGAUUGGAGUGCUUUUUUUGUGUAUAUGGGCUGAUGAUGAAAUUUGCAAAAUGAAGAUUCAUGACUGGCUCAUAGCUUCUCACCUAACUGGAUGUUGGAUCUUAAGUCCUGUGCCCUUGAAGCAAUUCUGCCACUUGAUAAAAUUCUCAAGGGCCCUGAUAGGCCCCGUUAGCAGGACUGAUUCUGUUCCUAGAACUUACCUAGAAUUCAUUCUUCACUGGGAAGAAAAAUUACAAAAGCAUUUCCCUCCCAAUCGCACUCACCAGUCUGCACAAUGACAUGUAGUGAGUAGUACAAAGUCUGGCCAAAAGACUUGUAAAUAGUGUGAAGUGAUGUCUUAUGACCAAAUGGUGGAAUGUACAGGUAGAGAAGCUCUCUGACGUUGUCAGAUCAGCUCGGCUCACAAGCCUGAGUUUCAAAGGGCGCCCGUCUCUCCUCCACACAUUAAUACUGUACAGUCCAAACUCCUAGGACUCAACGAACAUCCGAGCAGUUUUGUGCUUUGAGCCACUUUUUGACAAGAAUGGCUCCAUUUUUCCACUCUGUGGUUUUCUUAAACUAGUUCAGUGUUUUAUAGUCUCCCGGUAGUAAAGUAGUGUUGCUUUCUAAGCUACAAUAAACGGUUGACUUUAUUCUUCUACUCUGAAAAAUCUUGACUUGUUUGAGUGUAUAUAGUAUAUAUAAAGGGAGCCUUAAUGGAUUUGUUUUCAUAAUUUAAUAUUUUUUGUAUUUGCUCUUGUACAAUUGUUUUUAAUGGAAAGUAUUACAGAAUUGAGGGUGGAAUUCUUAGAACCAAAGUUAUUCUUAAUAAAAAUCACCACACGCUUGGACCAUGAA